AUGCCGAUACCUAUUUGGAGGUUUGGAAAAGGAUUUGAAAUCAUUCGCUACCCCCUGCAUCAAGUACUUUCGAUUCUGAUUGGUAUAACUAUCGGCUGGACGGUAGCUGCUAUACUGACCGUCACCAAUUACCUAAGUGCUGAUGUAAAAAGUGAGCAGUUCUUCUCUCGGACAGACACGCGCAUGCACGUAAUCUCCUCAGCACCAUGGUUGUAUGUUCCAUAUCCAGGUCAGUUUGGUCCAUCUUCCUUUAGUGGUGGAGUUUUCAUAUCAUUUAUGGUACCUACUAUAGUGUCUAUAAUUGAUUCAAUUGCUGACUAUUACGCAUGCGCAAGAACUGUUAAGGCACCAUCCCCUCCUGUGCACGCUAUCAACAGAGGUGUGGCUAUGGAAGGCAUGUUUAGUGCUAUUGCUGGGAUGUUUGGGGCCGGACAUGCCACUACCACAUAUGGUGGAAAUAUUGGUAUCAUAGGCAUGACAAAGAUGGCUGUCGUGGCGAUCAUUGGCAAAUUCACCGCCUUUUUUGUCACUGUGCCAUAUGCCGUGCUCGGAGCAACAAGCAUCAUAUGCGGUGGUGCCUUCGUCGGUUUGGUUUUCUCUAACCUCUUUUACUUAGAUGUCAAGUCUACACGAAACCUCACUAUUGUCGGAAUGUCUAUAAUGAUCGGAAUUAUGGUUCCGCGCUGGUCAGAGAAAAAUCUUGACGUAUUUGAGACAGGUAUACAGGAACUCACUAACAUGUUACAAAUAUUAAUGACAAGUCCGAACCUUGCUGGGGGAAUCAUAGCGUGCUUACUAGACAAUACCAUACCAGGUACUAAGGAGGAAAGGGGAAUGAUAGCGUGGUUAGGAGGAGGAGAUGAGGGAGAUACCAAAGUAGACUAUGAGGAGGGAACGGAACUGUACGAAAUUCCUGCUCUCACAAAACAACUCCAAAAGUUUAGGAUAUGCAAUUAUAUUCCAAUUUUUCCGACGUUUAGAAAAAUGGAGUAA